GGGGGGGGGUUACUGAUUAGGAAAUUCAGGUUAAAACCUACAGGGUCCAGCGAAAAUACUGCAACUCUGAGGGAAAGUAUAUGACCCCAAAUAUAAAAGUAGAAUUGAAUUAGUCGAAAUUAGAGAAAAUCUAGGCAAGAAGGGGACACAUGCCCAUCAGCUCAUAGCAUACCAGUACCAGCAUGUAUGGAUCACAUGUAAUUUAUGGUCAUAAGCUACUAAGUGUAUAUAAAAUAUACGCAUUUGGAUAAAAGAGAAAUCUAUAUGAUUUUUCAUUAGCCUGUCAUUAUCAGACUUUGAUGUUGCGUACCCACCCUCCCAUUUCGGCCCAAACACACAUUUCGUUUAUUUCUGUUACAAUAUGAAGAAAAUCAUUCAAAUUAUGAUAAUAAAUUCUAUCAUUACAAUGAUGUAAUAUGUGUUUUCCUAACAGAUUGUGUUUUCUUUUCAUAGAAAGAUAAUUUUUUAUAAACAUGGAAAAAUCCUGGAAAAUAGCCUUCUCACCAGCGGCCAUGAAUGCCCAGUCUGAUUACAACCACCCCAUCCCCCUUCUCAUUGUACACUAGAUCUAAAUCCACCCACUUCUUACACUCGUGUGUCAGAGGGAUUAGCAGCAUUGUAAGGCGAUGUAUAGAGAAAGAUACAGGCAAGGAAUAUGCUGUGAAAAUCAUUGACAUUAGUGGGGAAAAGUCUGAAAUAUACGAGGCAGACCUCACUAAGAAAGAUACAAUACGAGAAAUCAACAUUCUCAAAAUGUGCAAAGGCCAUGACAAUAUUAUUGAACUUCAUGAUUCCUUUGAAACUCCUACAUUUAUAUUUCUGGUGUUUGAGCUAUGCAAGCAAGGAGAAUUGUUUGAUUACCUUACUCAAGUUGUGACAUUAUCAGAGAAAAGAACUAGGAUUAUCAUGAAGCAGUUGAUAGAAGCUGUAGAAUUUAUACAUAGGAAAAAUAUAGUGCAUAGAGACUUAAAGCCGGAAAAUAUUCUGCUGGAUGACAAUCUUAAUGUGAAGGUGUCUGACUUUGGGUUUGCAACAGUAUUAAAUGCAGAAGAGGAACUUACAGAAUUAUGUGGAACACCAGGGUAUCUUGCUCCAGAGGUCCUAGCUGUCUCUAUGUAUGAUAAUGUCCCAGGGUACCGUAUGGAAGUGGACAUGUGGGCCUGUGGUGUCAUUAUGUACACCUUACUGUGUGGUGCACCACCCUUCUGGCAUCGCAAACAGAUGCAGAUGUUAAGAAUGAUUAUGCAGGCAAAUUACACUUUUGGAAGCCCAGAAUGGGAUGAUGUCAGUCAGACAGCCAAAGAUCUGAUUUCAAACCUUCUGAUGCUUGAUCCAAAACAAAGAUUAACAGCCAAGGAAGCAUUGGGUUCGCCUUUCUUCAAAAGAGAGUUGAAACCACAGAAGCAAUUUUUCCCAAGGAGGACAUUUAGGGCAGGUGUUCUCUGUGUCAGAUUUUUCCAUAGACUCAAAUAUUUUUACUACAAUCCACCACCUGUACCAGUGGAUACUAUUAUAACUAAUCCAUACAGUGUCAAAAACUUCCGCAAACUCAUUGAUGGCUGCACAUUUAAAAUGUAUGGACACUGGGUGAAAAAAGGAGACAAUCAAAACCGUGCAGCAUUAUUUGAGCAUGUGCAAAGAGAAGACUGGCGGAUUCAAAUUUCCUUUGAGAAUUCUUGAUGAUGCGAGGUCUCCAUAAAUUCUGUUAUAUUGAACAAAUUUAUGCUUUUUGCUGACCUCAAAUUACCUAUUGCAAUUGGUCAGCGUCCGUCGUUGUAUGUUGUGCAUUCACAUUUGAACAUUUUUAACUUCAUGAUAUCUACCCUUCCAAUUCUUGUCAAGCAUCUUUGGGACAAGGGGAACAUAAAUUGUAAAUUAAAGAUUUCCUGCACCCCCAGGGCCUUAGGGGCAGGGCAAAAACUGCCAAAAAUUAACCAAAUUUCAAAAAAUAAUCUCUACAACCGCACAUCUGUAAGAAAAACUAAAUGCAUGAUGCAGAGCAGGAAAGCCUCUACCAAUAUUGUGAAUUUCAUAAUCCUCAAGGUAGAGUUUCUGACUCCAUGGCGGGGCCAAACUUGAUAUAUAGUGUUUAUGUGAAAAACAUUUAAAAUCUUUUUAGUGCUAAUGAUACUAAAGUGAAAUGAAAUGGAUAUAUAGAAAGAGCUGGUAGUCCUUUACCAAAACUGUAAAUUUGAUGAUCCCAGGGGUUUUAGUAUCAGGGUGGGGCCAAAAUAGUCAGUUAUUAAUUGUGUUAGCAAUAGAAAUUUUUAGGUAAGCUCAGGUGACCUAUUGCAAUCGGUUGUCGUCCGUCGUGCGUUAACAAUUGAACAUUUUUAACUUCUAUUUGAUAACUACCAGUCCAAUUCUUUUCAAAUUUGGUAUGAAUUAUCUUUAGGACAAGGGGGACAUAAAUUGUAAAUUUCAGGUCUCCAGCACCCCUGGGGCCUUAUGGGCGGUGCAAAAACUGCCCAAAAUUGAACAAUUUUCAAAAUUCUUCUUC